AUGGUCCUUAUCAGGCACCGCCAACCAGUUGCAGCAGGGCUGCUCAUCUGGAGUGCCGCCGCGGAUACGGGGACAGCCAUCACCGCAGUCCAUGCGGUCAUCGCGAGGGAUGCUGUCAUUGUUAGCUCAAGCCCCCGAUGUUCUCUCGCAUCCAAGUUCACCCAUGUCACUGUCACCAUCGCUGCUGCCGAUACCGCCGGCUUCUCCGUCAACGUCACCGACACCUGUGUUCAAAGCACAAUCACCACGGACACCUUCGCCAUCGCCAUCGACACCGUCACCAUCAUCGUCACUGCCAUUGUUGCAGACACAGUCAUCGUUACAGGCGCCAUCCUGCACAAGCAUUUCCUGCAAGCCAUCAAAGACGAGCCCAAGAUCGAGACCGUCAAGCAUCAGCUUGACCGCAUCUCGUGUCAAGGAUACAAGCGCUCAUUGAUCGGGGCAACUCUCGGACCCGUCUGUCGAGUCUCAGCCGGAAACGACUUGUCGUUUGCCCGGCUCGGCCGUUCACAAGCACAUCCCGUUCGCGUCUACAAGGCAUGGCUACCGAGGCACCGGUACCAAGCAGCAGACGACUCGCUGGACAGCUUGACAUCGCUCGCAUGA